CCUCUCUCUCUCCCUCUCUCUCUCUGUCUCUCCCUCUCUCUUUCUUUCUAGCAGUCGGUGUGUCCUCACAAUGAGGUUAGCAUCACCAGUAGCAGCAGUAGAUAGAGACAUCAGAGCCACAGUCACUGCAGCAGCCAGGAGAGGCUGUCCUUCAGCCGUGCACCAUCUACUGCUGCAGACACCCCUGCUCUGAGAACGCACCCCUCAUUCUUGUGCUCUCUUUCUGUUUCUCUCCCUCCCUCCUCCUCCUCCUCCCUCACCUUCUGUCCUCUUUGAAUUCAUCUCUCGAAUUCACCCCUCUCUCUCUUCUUCUCUCUCUCUGUAGCAGUGAUGGGGAAGACCACCAUGUAGAGACAGAGAGGCAGUGGAGGUAACAGCAGCAAAGCAAGAAUGGGAAGCCACACAUGGAGCGGGUCUGGACUGCAGCCGUGGUGAGCCUGAGACCGACAGGACUUGCAACCGGCAACGUUUCCCUUCUCAGGACCUGACCACUGGGGCUGUCCAACACUCACCUGGAUGCUCCUCACUUGUGUUCCGUCAUCCCCUCCUCUCCUCGUUCUCUGCUGCUCUUUCUCCUCUUCAGUUUCUUCUCUUUGAUGGUUUUUGGUGGGAAGAUAUCUGACAGUCUCUCUGAAAAAGAGAAGCUGCUUAUCGAUUGAUCCCCUCGGAUUCCCCCUCCUUUUUUAAUCUCUCUACCUGCCACCUUUACCUUAGUGACAUUCUAAUUUCCCUUUUUUUAGUUUUUGAUGCCUGCCUCAUACCUAUUUUGGAUUUUGUUUGGAUGAGACUGAGCUCAUCUCUCUUUUUGAUUGACCUAUAAGCAAUAACAAACACUUAUCUAACUGACUUGAUUAGCUGUCAUCAUGGGGGACAUGUCGAACAGCGAUUUUUAUGCCAAGAACCAAAUAAAUGAGGGCAACCAUGAGGCGGGCUUCGGUUGCUCGGUCAUGGAGCUGCGCUCCUUGAUGGAAAUGCGGGGCCCAGAGGCGGUGGUCAAGCUCCAGGACGACUACACUGGCACAGAGGGGCUGUGCAAACGACUGAAAACCUCACCCACAGAAGGUCUCGCAGGUGACCAAACUGACCUGGACAAGAGGAAAGAAAUCUAUGGUAAAAACGUGAUACCUCCAAAGAAGCCAAAAACCUUCCUGCAGCUGGUAUGGGAGGCCCUGCAGGACGUCACCCUCAUCAUCCUGGAGAUCGCUGCCCUGAUCUCCCUGGGACUCUCCUUCUACCACCCCCCCGGAGACAGCAGCGGAGAAUUCUGUGGCGCGGGUGCAGCUGGGGUGGAGGACGAGGGCGAGGCGGACGCCGGCUGGAUCGAGGGCGCCGCCAUCCUGUUGUCUGUGGUGUGUGUGGUGCUGGUGACAGCUUUCAACGACUGGUCGAAAGAGAAGCAGUUCCGUGGGUUGCAGAACCGCAUCGAGCAGGAGCAGAAGUUCCAGGUGGUCCGCGGCAGCCAGGUCAUACAGCUGCCCGUGUCAGACAUAGUGGUGGGGGACAUCGCUCAGAUCAAAUACGGUGAUCUGCUUCCUGCUGAUGGCGUGUUGAUCCAGGGCAAUGACCUGAAGAUUGAUGAGUCAUCACUGACCGGAGAGUCCGACCACGUCAAGAAGAACGCAGACAAAGACCCCAUGCUGCUGUCUGGCACCCAUGUGAUGGAGGGAUCAGGGCGCAUGGUGGUGACCGCUGUGGGGGUCAACUCUCAGACUGGAAUCAUCAUGACCCUGCUGGGGGCCGGCCCAGAGGAGGAGGAGAAGAAACAAAAGAAAGGAGGGGCAGUGGAAGACGGACACCAGAAUACAGACUGCUCCCACCCCCCCAUCCACCCCAUCGCAACUAUAGCCACGGAUGGGGCUGCAGGCAUUAAUGCCCCUGGCAGUGCCAGCCUAAUUAAUGGUAAAAUGCAAGAUGGCAAUAUGGAGAGCAACCAGAUUAAAGUCAAGAAGCAGGAUGGAGCCGCUGCCAUGGAGAUGCAGCCUCUAAAGAGUGCUGAAGGUGGAGAGUCCGAGGAGAAAGAGAAGAAGAAGCAUACCGGUUCGAAGAAAGAGAAGUCUGUGCUCCAAGGGAAGCUGACCAAACUGGCUGUCCAGAUCGGCAAAGCAGGUUUGCUCAUGUCAGCCGUCACAGUCAUCAUCCUGGUCCUGUACUUUGCCAUUGACAACUUUGUGCUGCAGAAGCUGCCUUGGUUGCCAGAGUGCACUCCCAUUUAUGUCCAGUUCUUUGUCAAGUUCUUCAUCAUCGGUGUGACUGUGUUGGUGGUGGCCGUGCCGGAGGGGCUGCCGCUGGCUGUCACCAUCUCCCUGGCCUACUCUGUUAAGAAAAUGAUGAAAGACAACAAUCUGGUGCGUCACCUGGAUGCAUGUGAAACGAUGGGCAAUGCGACGACCAUUUGCUCCGACAAAACAGGCACGCUGACCACCAACCGCAUGACGGUGGUGCAGUGUUACAUCGGGGAUGUGCACUACAAAGAAGUACCAGAUCCCGCAGCUCUGCCAACCAAAUCAAUGGACAUACUGAUCAAUUCCAUCUCCCUCAACAGCGCCUACACCACCAAGAUACUGCCCCCAGAUAAGGAAGGCGGUCUGCCGAAGCAGGUUGGCAACAAGACAGAGUGCGGCCUGCUGGGAUUUCUCUUGGACCUGAAGCGGGAUUACCAGCCAAUCAGAAACCAGAUCCCAGAGGAGAAGCUUUACAAAGUCUACACCUUCAACUCUGUCAGGAAGUCCAUGAGCACUGUCAUCAAAUUGCCUGAUGGGAGCUUCCGCAUGUACAGCAAGGGAGCCUCUGAGAUCGUCCUCAAAAAAUGCAGCUAUAUCCUGAGCGAGGUAGGGGAGGUGAGGGUCUUCCGUCCACGGGACAAGGACGAGAUGGUGAAGAAGGUGAUCGAGCCCAUGGCGUGUGACGGCCUGAGGACCAUCUGUGUGGCGUACCGUGACUUCUCCAGUGACCCCGAGCCCGACUGGGAAGAUGAGAACAGCAUCCUGAAUGACCUCACCGCCAUCUGUGUUGUUGGGAUAGAGGACCCUGUCAGGCCAGAGGUGCCUGAUGCUAUCUUGAAGUGCCAGCAGGCAGGCAUCACAGUUCGCAUGGUGACAGGAGACAACAUAAACACAGCCAGGGCCAUAGCCAUCAAGUGUGGAAUCAUCCACCCCGGAGAGGACUUCAUCUGCAUCGAUGGCAAGGAGUUCAACAGGAGGAUCCGCAAUGAGAAAGGAGAGGUGGAGCAGGAGCGCAUUGACAAGGUGUGGCCUAAACUCCGAGUUCUGGCCAGAUCUUCCCCAACCGACAAACACACACUCGUCAAAGGCAUUAUUGACAGUACCUUAGGAGAGCAGAGGCAGGUGGUGGCUGUGACAGGAGACGGGACCAAUGAUGGACCUGCACUAAAGAAAGCUGAUGUCGGCUUCGCCAUGGGUAUCGCUGGUACAGAUGUGGCCAAGGAGGCGUCAGAUAUCAUUCUGACUGAUGACAACUUCAGCAGUAUCGUGAAAGCAGUAAUGUGGGGCCGUAACGUCUACGACAGCAUCUCCAAGUUCCUUCAGUUCCAGCUCACUGUCAACGUCGUGGCCGUCAUAGUGGCUUUCACCGGCGCCUGCAUCACACAGGACUCCCCCCUGAAGGCUGUGCAGAUGUUGUGGGUGAACCUGAUCAUGGACACCUUUGCCUCCCUGGCCCUGGCCACAGAGCCUCCCACCGAGUCUCUGCUGAAGAGGAAGCCGUACGGUCGCAACAAGCCUCUCAUCUCCAGCACCAUGACAAAGAACAUCCUGGGACACGGAGUCUUUCAGCUCAUCAUCAUCUUCACGCUGCUAUUUGCUGGUGAGAAGAUCUUUGACAUUGACAGCGGGCGUAAUGCUCCUCUCCACUCUCCUCCAUCUGAGCACUACACCAUCAUCUUCAACACCUUCGUCAUGAUGCAGCUCUUUAACGAGAUAAAUGCCCGCAAAAUCCACGGAGAGAGGAACGUCUUCGAUGGUAUCUUCAGGAACCCCAUCUUCUGCACUAUUGUAUUUGGCACCUUUGCUGCGCAGAUUGUGAUUGUGCAGUUUGGAGGGAAGCCAUUCAGCUGUCAGCCUCUGAACCUGGAGAAGUGGAUGUGGUGUAUUUUCCUCGGGCUGGGAGAGCUUGUUUGGGGACAGGUGAUAGCCAGCGUCCCCAACAGCAAGUUGCGCUUCCUGCGGAGGGCAGGCCAGUUAACUCGGAAAGAUGAUUUACCAGAGGAGGACACGAACGAAGAUAAUGACGAGAUUGACCAUGCGGAGAGGGAGCUGAGGAGAGGACAGAUCCUCUGGUUCAGAGGACUCAACCGCAUUCAGACUCAGAUUGACGUAGUCAACACCUUCAAGAGUGGCACGUCCUUUCAGGGGGCGGGGGCCCUGAGACGCCAGUCGUCCACCACCAGCCAGACCCAGGAUAUCCGCGUUGUGAAUGCAUUCCGUAGCUCCCUCUAUGAAGGCCUGGAAAAACCAGACUCCAGAUCAUCCAUCCACAACUUCAUGACACACCCCGAGUUUAGGAUAGAAGACUCCACGCCCAACCUCCCCCUCAUCGACGACACGGACGAUGACUCCGCUCGGAGGAGGGGGAAGUACUCCAGCCAGCCCUCGUCCCCCAACAAGAAUAACAACGCCAUCGACAGUGGCAUCAACCUCACCAUCGACACCAGUAGAUCAGCCGCCUCCUCCGGCCCCGCCAGCCCUCUUCACAGCCUGGAGACCAGCCUCUAACCCCCACCCUGACCUCCGCUCUGACCUCUCAAGUCCUUUCCUUGCAGUCUGGGGGAAACUCCUCCAAUACCUCCACAUCUUUAACUGCAACCCCAAAAAUCCCCCCUGUCCAGUCCACCAAAACCCAUUUACUCCCCUACACAGGACACAUCCUGUGGCAGAUUCCCCCCCCCCCCCACCCACCCCUUUAACCUUGAGCUCUUAAAGUUCUCCGCUCCUCUCGAAAAGGGGGAACAUCGAAAGUAAUAUGACGGUGAAAAUAAAACUUAUCACACAAUCAAAAAAGCGCAAAAAAGCCACAAAACCAACACAGCCAUCCUGCUUUUGUGGUUGUAUGUGUAACAUGGC